ACCUCCCUGCCCACACCACCGCACUGUACAGCGGAUUUCUGCCUCAUUCCGCUUGGGACUCCAACGGCAUCGGUCUCACGGGAAGUAGCCGAAGUGCAACGUCUGCUGAAGAAGAGCGGAUUAAACUACUCAAUGCACUCGGCGGGGACCACUGUUGAGGGCUCAUGGGACGAUGUCAUGAGAGUCAUCGGCCAAUGUCACGCGAUGCUUCAUCAGAAUGGUGUUGUGCGCAUCCAGAGCGAUAUCAGAAUAGGGACGAGAACAGACAAGUUGCAAACCUUCAAGGACAAGGUCACUGCUGUCGAGAAACUUUUGGAGUCGGAUGAA